AUGAGCGAAGACGCCGACAAGGAAGAAACGGUGCUUAGCCCAUCGCAUGGCGCCAGUGAAAAUAAUAAUGCAGGCACGGAUACUCCAACACCAGCCGCCCAAUUGACGACCCCAACGCCGCCGACACGAGCCACAAUGUCGCCCAAGGACGGGGCAUCCCCUCCGGUACCACCUGCACCCCUACUCGAAUCUUCUGACGCGAAUAGGGGCUACAACAACAUCAACAACAACAACAACAACAACAACAACCACCAACACGAUCUCUUCUCGAGCCCCAAUUCCGCAUCGACCGCAACGCCUCACAGCGGCGCCUUCAGCCCAGUUCUUGCGUCGCCGUCCCCGGGAACAUGCACGUCCCCGGAAGCUGAUUUGAGUUUGCAACUUGUACCAAAGAGCGCCACUGUGGAACCCACAAAGGCCAGAACGACAGCUUCUUUGUCCUCACAGGUGGAAACGCCACUAGCAUCUACUAGUUCUGGCAUUGAGGGCGACGCUGCUUUAAACAAGGCGCGGCUGAUUGACGCUGGUGCAGCAUCGGCAACGGACCCUCGGGAGGAUCUGCAGUCCCCCAAAGAAGGGCGUCGAUCCGCCACAGUUUCGGCCGGGGAAAAAUCCGUGUCCAACUGCAAGAGCAAUCUCGAAACCCAAGUCAUCAACACCGGCAUCGCCACCAACGGAUCCGGCAGCGUGACCAGCAGCCCUACGCGUAUGCGUAUCGUGCGCCCGAAAGCCUCGAGGCCACAACUACCCAACCUACACUCCGAGCUCCAUUCCCUGCACUCUUCCGAAACCCCACGAAGUGCCGUGGCCCUGUCCCGCGCAUCCUCGAUCCGAAGCGUCUGCAGCAACGCACCCCUCCAACAUCCGACUCCUGAAUUGAACGCCAAGUCAGGUGCAUACAUUGGCAACGUAGCCGCGCUGGAAGCGACUGCAGAGCGCUUUUCCAUGACCUCGUCCAUUGAGGACGCCAUCCGCGACGCCCACACCCAGCUGAAAAGGAGGGACAGCCAGCGGUCCAUGAUCCUGGCCUCACAACUUCAACACAACAGCGACAAUUUCGACAAUAGUAGCGUCGUCAGUGACGCUCCUCCACCGCCCUUCUCGCGACAUCUCUCCAUCGCCAGCCUCAACAGUGCCGCAAGAUCUGGAGGAUACUCUCCCAGCGGCUACGUCAUGUCGCCCACUCACUCUCUGUCGAGGACGAGGUUGAGAUCCGCCAGCAAGGCCAGCUCGACUGGACCCCCCUCAUCUGUCAUCGGCGACGUGAUCCCAGAGGAUGGCAGCCCCGUGCUUUCGACCGACGACAACUUGAUCCCGCCGCUCCCCAUCUCACGCCAUGGGCCAGGCAAGAGCUCCGUCCGCAGCGUCGUAUCCGCCAAGAAGCUCUCUCUUGCGGAGAUUGCUGAGAACGAGCCGCCGACGACACUCACUCAUGACGCACUCAACGAGGCCGACCAGCUCCUCUCGCCAGUCAUCUCGGAGAAUGCAGCACAGGAUAGCACCAUCCGUCCGACCCCCGCACAACUAGCACAGAUGGGGCUGGACCAGAGAACUCCCAACGCGAACGGGCAUUGGGACGACACACCCAACGCCGAAACGUGGUCGCGCAGGCCACGGUUGGACAUGCAAGACUCAAACGGCGGAGCCGACGCAUCGAGAGAGCAAGGGUACUUCCCCCAGGACGCUUAUGGAGAGUCCCAGGGCCAUUACCGUGCUGAGUCGCAGUUGUCAGGGCACGGCUCCGAAAAUGAUCAUUUUGAUGAUGCAUUCGGAGACUUUGAUGGUGUUCACUGCGAUCCCAACCACUUCGACUUUGAUGGUCCGUUUCACAACCAGCUGGGUGAACACGAUUAUCAUCAACAGCAGCAACAGCAUGAACAGCUGCUCACCCAGCCGCAUGAUGUAUUUACACAAAACCACGAAGACAUGCAGCAGCAGUACGGUCAAUCAGAGGCUCCGCGCCCUCAACCGAGGAGACCGCUGGAGCGACCUCAGUCGUAUUUCGACCCUACCACUGGGCAGGAUAUGCUGUACUACCCUGCUCCGGUCCCGGCGAUGCUGAACUUGCCUCCAAAACUGUCAAAGAAACCAAAAACUGCGGUCAGAAAUGCACGCUAUUCCAAGGUGUUGGAGACCAUGGCGCAGGAGGGUCGGGCAUCUCGCGUAUGGCUUGCCGAGCCCAACGCAGGACCCGAUUUCGGUACUGAAUUCAUGCACGAGCCGCGUCAGUCUGUGUCGCACGACGCCUCGGAGCCAUCGCAAGAUAUGUCUUCAGGAAAGCCUAGCGCGUCGCCCACCAAGACAGAGUUCCAUCCCCAAGAACUUCGUCGGCCCGCAAAAUUGAGGGAGGCGGAUAAGCGCAUGUCAAGGUUAUCACUGAUGCCGUCUGAUGUGCCGCCUCAAGUGAGGGCAUCGGCCUUUUUCGAUUCGCCCUCGACCGUGCCUCGCAUUGAACUCAAAGGUGGCUCGGCGAUGCAGACUCUAGACAGCAUCCUGGAUGCGUCGGCCCACGCUCCCGUCAGUGCCUUUACGGACCAUACAUUCGCCGGAACUCUUGGCGAAGAGGUAUACGGUGCGGAAAAGAAAAAGAAAAAGAAGAAGCACAAGGCGCAAAAAUUAUCGGUGGCGUCUGUUGAUCACAAGCGCGAUAGUGCCUCGACCGUGCGGGAGGCGAAGGAACGUUCAUCUUUCUUGGGCAUCCUCGCGGGCGGAAAGUCACGCACGAGCCACGACGGCUCUGACCGAAACUCAGCUAUGGCCAGCUCCAAGGGCAGUAUCCAAGGCGACGGCGGCUCCCAGAAACGCCGCGAGAUUGAGGGCAGGGAAGGCGAGGUCAUGUCGCCCACCACAGAGAUGCUGGCGCCCGACGAGGACGAAAAAGAAUCAUCCUCGGGAGAAGAAGAGGAUGAUGAUGAUGACGAAGACGACGAAGGCGACGACGACGACGACGACGUAUACCACGGUCCACCCACAACUCUCCUGGCAGAACUUCAGCUCCGAAAGCAUCAACAGAAAAUGCGUACUCGACCCAUCAACAAGGCGCACCCCAAUGGCCUCCACACGACGCUGCUGGAGCUCGACGCAGUCGCCGAAGUCGAACGAAAGAACCGCCGGGGUAAACGCGUGAACCUCGCCUGGGAAGACCCAUCGCUGGCGAACGCCGACUUGUCCGAUGACGAGGACAUUCCGUUGGCAAUGCUACAGGCGAUGCGUGGCAACCCCACCGGUGACAUUGCCGCUGUCGUCGCCGACGUCAACCGGCCGCUCGGGCUGAUGGAGCGUCGCGAAAUGGAGGAGAACGAACCGCUGAGCCGUCGUCGUGACAGAAUCCAAGGUCGCGAGACGAUGCAGCCGACCUCGGUCUACCUCAACCCAGUCAGUCAGACGCGUGCUAGCCAAAUCACCCUCUCGCCUGCCAUGGCAGGCGUGAAUGCGCACUUGCGUCAGUCCCAGGCAAACCUCGCCCCGCCCGUCACCCACACGGCUCCAGGUCCGCAGCCAGGGCCUGACGAUGACGAGGAUGAGGAUGAGCCUCUCGGUGACCGUAUGCGCCGGCUCAAGGCGCGCGAGGACAAAGCGAACCCUCUCCCACUCGCCAGGCCCGUCAGUACCGCCUUCACUGUCGAGAUGAUGAGUCAACUGGGGGUGGGCGAAACUGAGACGGAAGCCCAGAGCAAAUCUCCAAAGGGCAAGGCCGCCGACGCAGCCCCGGAGGAAGAGGAGACGCUGGGCCAGCGCCGCCGACGCCUGCAGGCUGAGCGCGAGGCGCGAGAGCGCGAAAUGAACGUCAACGCCGGUGCGCUGCACGCAUUGACGGGCGGUGCCGGACUGGGUGCUCGGAGCUUGGAGCCGCCCAGCGCCCCCGGCUAUAACAGGCUCACCAAGAAGAUCAGCCUGGCCGACGUCCUGGGCGCGCACCCGGUCAGCGAUGCCAAAGGCCAGAUGGACCCCCGCGAGGCAGAAAGGCUGAGACUCCAAGCCGAGGCCGAGCGGGCGGCCCGAGAUCACGAGACAAAGAUGCGAAGCCUUCGCGCGCAGCAGUCGUCGUCCCAGCUCUCGGCGGUCGGCGACAACCCGCGCGGCGUCGGUGUGCCGACCUCGAUAGGCAUCGGAGCCCAGCGUCAGGUCAGCGGCUUCCAAGGCGGCCGCUUCAACGACGGCGCCGGCGGCGGCACGGCCCUGCCUAUCGGUGCGGCGCAGGAUGGGCCCGGACACGGAAGCUGGGGAAGGCCCUUGCAUCAGGGAGGCCGCACGAGCAUGUACGGAAACGGUUUCCCUGCCGGCCAACACUACGCACAACCGGCAUACGGAUACGCCCAGCCUUACGGACAAAUGAUGGGUGUGCAACAGGACAUGGUCGAGAAAUGGAGACAGGGUGUCCUCUAA